GUUUCUCUAUUGCUGUGUUGUUCUUAUCAUGCAGAGUUAAUUUCCACAAGCGGCUACCUGCUAGGCGGUGACGUCCCAAGUCAGAGACCCGUCUGGUCUGUUGCCACGGAAAGAGCCGCCAGCCUUAUCUCUUCGAUGUAACCUCACGGCCAACCUCAUCUCCCAUUAAGAUACAGCAAGCCCCAAAGUAUUUAAAGCAGCAAGACGUUGCGGCGACCAUGAUUGACCUAGAAAUUUGAGGGCAAAUCGAAUGAGAGGACAACCUGAACAUUCGGCCCCAUCGACGCAAAGAAUGCUCCCUGUCCCUGGCUCUCCUGCAGCAUCAUGGCCUGUCUACAAGGAGCGUUUAAGGAGACUGUUCGAAGGGGCCGAUAAGCGCGUUUGCAUAGCAUUUUGGCUUUUUGGUCUUAUCAACAAUGUGCUCUAUGUGAUCAUUCUCUCCUCUGCGCUUGACCUGGUCGGCCCGCGUGUGCCCAAAGGCGUCGUACUUCUCGCCGAUGUUCUGCCUUCAUUCUUCACAAAGCUUGUUGCGCCAUAUUUUAUUCAUGCCAUUCCUUAUUCGCUGCGAAUCGUGAUAUUUGCCUGCUUGUCCAGCGCAGGAAUGCUCAUCAUUGCCGUGACCCCCACAACGACUGAUCGCGCCGCUAUCGCAACGAAGAUGGUUGGUGUUGCACUGGCAAGCCUUAGCAGCGGUGGUGGAGAACUGAGCUUUCUGGGCUUGACGCAUUACUAUGGUCAUUUCAGCUUGGCAGCAUGGGGCAGUGGAACCGGCGGAGCUGGCCUCAUUGGUGCCGGUGCAUAUGUCGCCGCAACAACUUGGCUGGGGCUUGGAGUGAAGAAGAGCAUCCUGGUCUUUGCUUGUCUGCCCGUGAUUAUGCUUAUGAGCUUCUUCAUUAUUCUCCCAAGAGGACCAUUGAAAUACACCUCAAGUCCACAAGCCGGAUAUGAAAGUAUUGCACGAGAGGAUACUGAGAAUGAACUACCUAGCAGUGAACCAGAGGGCUUUCACGGCCAUCAGCCUGAGCAAGACCCCCUUAUGCAAUCCCCACAGAAUUCGGCGCACUGUGUCAAAAGGUCUCAUCAAGAGCCGCAAAGCAUAUUGAGUAGUUUCAAAGCUAACUUGCGGCGGGCUCGUGGACUCUUCUUCCCAUAUAUGCUUCCUCUUUUGAUGGUCUAUAUCGCUGAGUAUACCAUCAAUCAGGGCGUGGCUCCCACACUUCUCUUUCCACUUAAGUCGACGCCUUUCACUGAGUAUCGUGACUUUUAUCCGACAUAUAAUGCCAUGUACCAAGUCGGCGUUUUCAUUUCGCGUUCCUCGACCCCUUUUUUCCGGGUUCAUUCAUUGUAUGCGCCAUCGCUGCUUCAGAUUUUGAAUCUUUUGCUUUUGACGCUUCAUGCCUUGUUCGAUUUUAUUCCAAAUGUCUAUAUCAUUUUUGCCAUCAUAUUCUGGGAAGGUCUAUUGGGCGGUUUAGUUUAUGUCAACACCUUCGCCGAAAUCACUGAUCACAUACCUGAAGAGGACCGAGAGUUUUCCUUGGGAGCAACGAGUGUUAGUGACUCUGGAGGAAUUUGUAUCGCCGGUUUCUUGGGCAUGGUAUUCGAGGUUUGGCUAUGUGACUGGCAAAUUAGUAGGGGACGCCCAUAUUGCAGGAAAGAGUGAAGAUAGGGGUCUAGAGGUACGUUGAUAUAGUAUUUAGCUUGCAAGACUGAAUCUGAUUUGCCUCCCGCUACUUUUGCUCCUUUGGAACUUGCUUUGCUGUUUGCGUGCAACGGCUCAUCUCACUGUGCUUAUGUUCCUUUCUCGUUUGCGGUUGUUGGUCUCGGC